AUGCAGGAAAGCAAUAUUCAUAAAGCGGAGCCGAGAUCUGCUCUGAUUAAAGGGACACAAGCUGAACAUUCCUCUGAGCAGACUCCUCCACUGCUCUCCCCUCAGUCCUCUGAGCAGACUCCUCCACUGCUCUCCCCUCAGUCCUCUGAGCAGACUCCUCCACUGCUCUCCCCUCAGUCCUCUGAGCAGACUCCUCCACUGCUCUCCCCCUCAUCCUCUGAGCAGACUCCUCCACUGCUCUCCCCUCAGUCCUCUGAGCAGACUCCUCCACUGCUCUCCCCUCAGUCCUCUGAGCAGACUCCUCCACUGCUCUCCCCCUCAUCCUCUGAGCAGACUCCUCCACUGCUCUCCCCUCAGUCCUCUGAGCAGACUCCUCCGCUGCUCUCCCCUCAGUCCUCUGAGCAGACUCCUCCACUGCUCUCCCCUCAGUCCUCUGAGCAGACUCCUCCGCUGCUCUCCCCUCAGUCCUCUGAGCAGACUCCUCCGCUGCUCUCCCCUCAGUCCUCUGAGCAGACUCCUCCACUGCUCUCCCCUCAGUCCUCUGAGCAGACUCCUCCACUGCUCUCCCCUCAGUCCUCUGAGCAGACUCCUCCACUGCUCUCCCCUCAGUCCUCUGAGCAGACUCCUCCACUGCUCUCCCCUCAGUCCUCUGAGCAGACUCCUCCGCUGCUCUCCCCUCAGUCCUCUGAGCAGACUCCUCCACUGCUCUCCCCUCAGUCCUCUGAGCAGACUCCUCCGCUGCUCUCCCCUCAGUCCUCUGAGCAGACUCCUCCACUGCUCUCCCCUCAGUCCUCUGAGCAGACUCCUCCACUGCUCUCCCCUCAGUCCUCUGAGCAGACUCCUCCGCUGCUCUCCCCUCAGUCCUCUGAGCAGACUCCUCCACUGCUCUCCCCUCAGUCCUCUGAGCAGACUCCUCCACUGCUCUCCCCUCAGUCCUCUGAGCAGACUCCUCCACUGCUCUCCCCUCAGUCCUCUGAGCAGACUCCUCCACUGCUCUCCCCUCAGUCCUCUGAGCAGACUCCUCCACUGCUCUCCCCUCAGUCCUCUGAGCAGACUCCUCCACUGCUCUCCCCUCAGUCCUCUGAGCAGACUCCUCCACUGCUCUCCCCCUCAUCCUCUGAGCAGACUCCUCCACUGCUCUCCCCUCAGUCCUCUGAGCAGACUCCUCCACUGCUCUCCCCUCAGUCCUCUGAGCAGACUCCUCCGCUGCUCUCCCCUCAGUCCUCUGAGCAGACUCCUCCACUGCUCUCCCCUCAGUCCUCUGAGCAGACUCCUCCACUGCUCUCCCCUCAGUCCUCUGAGCAGACUCCUCCGCUGCUCUCCCCUCAGUCCUCUGAGCAGACUCCUCCACUGCUCUCCCCUCAGUCCUCUGAGCAGACUCCUCCGCUGCUCUCCCCUCAGUCCUCUGAGCAGACUCCUCCGCUGCUCUCCCCUCAGUCCUCUGAGCAGACUCCUCCACUGCUCUCCCCUCAGUCCUCUGAGCAGACUCCUCCACUGCUCUCCCCUCAGUCCUCUGAGCAGACUCCUCCACUGCUCUCCCCUCAGUCCUCUGAGCAGACUCCUCCACUGCUCUCCCCUCAGUCCUCUGAGCAGACUCCUCCGCUGCUCUCCCCUCAGUCCUCUGAGCAGACUCCUCCACUGCUCUCCCCUCAGUCCUCUGAGCAGACUCCUCCGCUGCUCUCCCCUCAGUCCUCUGAGCAGACUCCUCCACUGCUCUCCCCUCAGUCCUCUGAGCAGACUCCUCCACUGCUCUCCCCUCAGUCCUCUGAGCAGACUCCUCCGCUGCUCUCCCCUCAGUCCUCUGAGCAGACUCCUCCACUGCUCUCCCCUCAGUCCUCUGAGCAGACACCUCCACUGCUCUCCCCUCAGUCCUCUGAGCAGACUCCUCCACUGCUCUCCCCUCAGUCCUCUGAGCAGACUCCUCCACUGCUCUCCCCUCAGUCCUCUGAGCAGACUCCUCCACUGCUCUCCCCUCAGUCCUCUGAGCAGACUCCUCCACUGCUCUCCCCUCAGUCCUCUGAGCAGACUCCUCCACUGCUCUCCCCUCAGUCCUCUGAGCAGACACCUCCACUGCUCUCCCCUCAGUCCUCUGAGCAGACUCCUAGCCCCUCCCCCGGGGCGGUUGCUAAGGCGGUUGCUAAGACGGUUGCUAAGGCGGUUGCUAAGACGGUUGCUAAGACGGUAGCUAAGACGGUCGCUAAGACGGUUGCUAAGACGGUUGCUAAGGCGGUUGCUAAGGCGGUUGCUAAGACGGUUGCUAAGGCGGUUGCUAAGACGGUUGCUAAGACGGUAGCUAAGACGGUCGCUAAGACGGUUGCUAAGACGGUUGCUAAGGCGGUUGCUAAGACGGUUGCAAAGACGGUCGCCAAGGCGGUUGCUAAGACGGUCGCUAAGGCGGUUGCUAAGACGGUUGCUAAGGCGGUUGCUAAGGCUGGCGGAGUUUCUCUCACAAAUGAAGUCCUCUGA